AUGGCAACGGGAAAUAAAGGAAGACAGCUACCAAAAUUUGGGGAAUGGGACGCUGCAACUAAUCCAGGCGCCGCACAAGGAUUCACCGUCAUUUUCAACAAUGCUCGUGACGACAAGAAGACCAAGAAAACAGCUGUGGCAGGUCCUGAGAGUCUUGUUACACCUCAAACAAACAAUGAGCCUCAUCAGAAGAAGAACAACCAUCGUCAUCAUCGUCAUCAACAGAACAACAACCAUCGUAAGAAACGUUAUUCGUCGCCACCCCCACGAGAAAAGGUACCUUCCUUUUUCUUCAAGACACAUACCCUAAUCUUGACAAAAGAGUAG